GUUGGAUUUACAUAUACACCACCCAUACAUGGGGUGUCCUGCACCAAGAAAAACAUAUAGCCAACCCUCAGAAGGAGGAAGAAGAAGAAGAUCAUACAUCCAUGGAAAAAGCAUCCAUGGACACACUUCACUUCUCCUGCAUCCAAAUAGCCAUAGCCUUAGUCUUGUUUACUCAAGCCAAGAGCACCACAGAGGGCAGCACAUCUGCCCUGCAUCCAAACGAUGCGAUCCCCAGCUGUGUUGCCGGUGAGAGGUCUGCCCUUCUGGCCUUCAGGGCAGGUCUAUCAGACCCUGCCAACCUCCUUCCAUCAUGGAAGAGUGAUGCCUGCUGCCGAUGGAAGGGCGUCUACUGCAGCAACAGGACCGGCCAUGUUGUCAGGCUCGAUCUCCAAGGCCCUGGUUACGGAAGCAGCGAUGAGAGUAGGAAGGUGCUAGCAGGCAACAUAAGCUCCUCGUUGCUCGGUUUACGGCAUCUACGCUAUCUCGACCUCAGCAAGAAUGGGUUUGACAAGAUACAAAUACCAGAGUUCAUGGGUUCUCUCCAUCAGCUGAGAUAUCUCGACCUAUCAUGGUCACAGUUCAUUGGAAGGAUACCACCGCAGCUGGGUAAUCUCUCCAACUUACACUACUUAAAUCUUGCGUACAACUCAGAUGGCAUAUACUCCACUGAUAUCACCUGGUUGUCACGGUUAACUUCCGUUGAGCACCUGGACAUGAACUGGGUGAACCUCAGUACAAUUCUACACUGGCUUCCGGUUGUGAACAUGCUUCCAACUCUUAAAGUUCUCCGUCUUGCCAAUUGCCAGCUUAGAAGUAGCCCUGAUUCUCUUCCACUCUCAAACCUGACAUCUCUUGAAACACUAGACUUUUCAGGCAACCACCUGACUGUGGAGCUUGAUUUAUCAUAUGGCCCUUUUCCGGACGAGAUAGGAAAUAUGACCUCGAUUGUGGAGCUUGAUUUAUCAGACAAUAACCUUGUGGGCAUGAUACCAUCCAACAUGAAGAACCUAUGUAAUUUGGAGAGAUUAGAUUUUUCUAUGAACAACAUCAACGGGAGUAUAGCAGAGUUAUUGCAUCGAUUACCAAACUGUUCACAGAAUAAACUACAGGACUUGUCUCUAUCGGACAACAAUCUGACUGGAAGCCUACCAACUACACUAGUAGAGCCCUUGAGAAACCUGAGCUGGCUGAAUCUUGAUGGGAACAAACUCACUGGUCAUGUCCCGGUGUGGAUAGGAGAGCUCACACAGCUAACAAAUCUGGAGCUUAGUUCUAACAACCUGGACGGGGUCAUACAUGAAGGUCAUUUAUCAGGUCUAGGUAUGUUGGAGGAAUUGACAUUAUCAGACAACUCCAUAGCCAUCACUGUGAGCCCAACUUGGGUUCCUCCUUUCAGUCUAGGAACAAUUGAACUUCGGUCCUGUCAGCUAGGGCCUAAAUUCCCCAUGUGGCUUAGAAGGCAAACACACUUAUGGAAUCUUGAUAUAUCAAACACAAGCAUAAAUGACAUGGUACCAGGUUGGUUUUGGAUAGCAGCUUCCUCAGUAGAGUAUCUAAAUAUUCGAAAUAAUCAGAUUACAGGAUUCCUACCAUCAUCAAUGGAAUUUAUGAGAGCAGAAGUCAUGGAUUUCAGUUCUAACCAGCUUGGUGGUCCAAUACCUAAGCUUCCCAUCACUCUAAUCGACCUGGAUCUCAGUCGGAACAAUCUAGUUGGGCCACUACCAUUAGACUUUGGAGCACCAGGGCUUGAAAAACUAUUUCUAUAUAACAACAUGAUCUCUGGGGCCAUUCCAUCUUCUUUGUGCAAGUUGCGAUCAUUGCGGUCAUUAGAUCUAUCAAGAAAUAACCUCAAUGGAUCAAUUGCUGAUUGCCCAGUCAAUGAGUCCAGCUCAAACAUGACAGAUCUGAGCAUUGUUAAUCUAAGCUUCAGAAACAACAACCUCUCUGGUGAAUUUCCUUCACUUCUCCAGAAAUGUCCACGACUCAUCUUUCUUGAUCUUGGACAUAAUCAAUUCUCUGGGGCUUUACCAGCAUGGAUUGGGGAGAAGCUAUCAUCUUUGUCAUUCUUACGACUGAGAUCCAAUAUGUUUUAUGGUCACAUUCCAGACGAGCUUACGGAGCUUGUUAAUCUUCAAUACUUGGACCUUGGCUACAACAAUAUUUCAGGGAGCAUACCGAGAUCUAUUAUCAAUUGCACAGGCAUGACACAAACAAGAGACAAUGAUGAUCUUGGGGAUGCAUUCACUUCUGGAGUAUAUUCUGCUGGCAGUGACCUAGUUGACUAUACUGAGAAUUUCACAGUACUCACGAAAGGUCAAGAGAGAUUAUAUACAGGAGAAAUCAUAUAUAUGGUGAAUCUUGAUUUAUCCUGUAAUAAUCUUAUGGGAGAGAUCCCUGGAGAAAUCAGCGCUCUUGUAGCAUUGAAGAGCCUGAACUUAUCAUGGAACAACUUCAAUGGAAAUAUCCCUGAGAAUAUUGGCGCCUUAAUGCAGGUGGAGUCACUUGACCUAUCACACAAUGAUUUGUCCGGUGAAAUCCCUUCAAGCUUAUCGGCUCUCACAUCAUUGAGUCGCCUGAACCUGUCCUACAACAAUCUGGGAGGGAAGAUACCAACUGGAAAUCAGCUGCAAACACUCGAAGACCCGGCCUAUAUUUAUAUUGGCAACCCCGGCCUCUGUGGUCCUCCUCUCUCCGUAAAUUGUUCGUCACAGCCCGAGCCAAUUCCAGGAGAAAACCACGGAGAUGCAAGCGACGACUUGGUUUCGCUUUUCCUAGCCAUGGGCUCUGGAUAUGUGAUGGGUCUCUGGUUGGUCUUCUGUACCUUCUUAUUCAAGAGGAGAUGGAGAGUUUCAUGGUACUUGCUCUGUGACAGCCUGUAUGAUUGGGUUUAUGUGCAUGUGGCUAUUACCUGGAGUUCCUUGAGAGAUAAGGACGAUGAAACUGGUGAUGGCAAGGAUGAUGAUAACAUGGCAGGUGAUGGAGCUGAUUCUGAUUUUGUUCUGGCCUGCAAGAUGUUCAAUUCUGCAAGAGCAAUAGUUGAGAAGAACCCAGACAACACAAUGGAGGGAAAAUCGAAGUCUUUGCUCUAGCUGAGGUCUCCAUGUAAUAGGUGGUCUCUGUUUUGUUUGUUUUGUCCUGCAUGUAACCAUUGGAUCUUGGAUGGUUUUUACAGAUGACAUAGACUGCUCGAUUGAUUACUGCUUCAAAGGUUCAGCUCUCUUGGAUUAUUCGAUUGAGCCUGACCAUUGUCGAUUUGUCGAACUGUGUCCUCCCUGUGGUAAUGACUGUCAGUUGUCUGCCUCUGCUUUAUAGUAGUAUAAC